AUGGAUACAAUCGCCUUUGAUAUCAACGAUGCUCUUAAGCACUACAUGAGCGAUCCUCUCACCAUUUCCACACCAGAAGCGGAUUCCAACCUCGUCGAUUGCGAAAACGACCCCGAGUCACUCACUAACUCCCUGAUCAAUACUGUGCUGAAUCCCAUUGUUGAUUCAGUAGCAGAGAAUCCAGAUUCUAUUACAAGAAGCUCUUCUUUUGACUCUCUGCAGUUCUUACUAAAGUGCGCCCCAGUCUCCCCUAAAUCCAGUCACAACUUCACAACAGAACCAGACUCUGAACUCUUCAAACUAUCUAGAUCAUCCACCAUCCUACCUACACAUGCACUGAGCAAGAUUUUAGAUCUUGUCGUCUCAGGCCUAUCGACCGAAGCGGACGUCAUCCACAACGACCUCGAAUCGGACGAGCAAGACAUCGUCACACACCACAAGCAGCUCCUGGAAGUCUUUGGCUUCCUCCUGCAAUGGACGAUCGCGGCGGUCGAGACGAAAGCGGCGGAGAAAUCGAGUACGGCCCCUGCGGCUCGCGGACGAGGGAAGGGCGCAAAGGCUAAGGCGGCUUCUGGAAAGGAUAAAGAUGGGAAUUGGGACUCGUCAGCUCAGCUACAGACUGCACUUGACAUCAUGUGCAAGGUACUGAAGUUGAAGCUCUCGAAAAUAUUCCUCACUACAUCCGAGAGAGACACGUUUGUUGGCCUAUUUACUCGGCCUGUGUACAUGGUGUUGGAGAGCGAACAGAGGGUCAAGAAUACCGCAAUCCGGAUGCACGCCUUCAAGGUUCUGUGCAUAGCGGUCAAACAUCAUGGGCACGGUUAUGCUGCGCAAAUCUCUAUUGUGCAAAACUUGACUUAUUUUGAGCAUCUUGCGGAGCCGAUGGCCGAGUUUCUCCACAUUCUCGCAGAACAAUACGACUACCCUCAACUUGCCGACGAAGUUCUUCGAGAGCUCAGUAAUAAGGAAUUCAACAGCAAUGAUACAAGGGGACCAAAGUCUGUCUCCUCAUUCAUUGUGAAGCUCUCUGAGCUUGCUCCUAGGCUAGUCAUCAAGCAAAUGACCAUGUUGGCAAAACAGCUGGACAGUGAGUCUUACGCACUACGAUGUGCACUCAUCGAAGUCUGUGGAAACUUGGUCGCCGAUCUCAGUAGGCAGGAAGAACGUGGUGACAACCACAAGUCACAGCUAAAUGCUUUCUUCGAUGUCCUAGAGGAGCGUUUUCUCGACACCAACCCUUACUGCAGAUGUCGAACAAUCCAAGUCUAUGUAAAAUUAUGCGAUCUGGAACAAAAGUUCCCAAAGAGGAGACAAAAGGCCGCAGAAUUAGCAGCGAGGAGUCUGGAAGACAAGAGCAGCAACGUUCGUCGGAAUGCCAUCAAGCUUCUCGGAGCUUUGAUCAAAACUCAUCCCUUCAGCAUUAUGCACGGAUCACAGUUGUCAAUGAAGGAGUGGACCUCUCGAUUGGAGGCAGUGGACGCUGAACUGAACGCUCUCAAGCCUCCAGUUGAUACACCAGGUCUUUCCGGUAGAGCAGAUAACAUUGUGGAUACCCAAUUACUAGACGAGGCCACGCAGAUUGAAUCAGACUCCCCACAAAAGCCAAUGAGUGAUGAGCACAAAAUUGCGGCUGUAAAGAAGGCCCAAGAGGAGGCUGCAACCUCAGAAGCUAUCAACAAGCUGACCCUUACGAGGAGAUACUAUGUCGAAGCUCUCAAGUUUAUUGAAGUUCUACAUGGAGCAACCACCACUAUCUGCCAGUUGCUCGGCUCGAAGAAUAAGAGUGAAGUAACCGAGGCUAUGGAUUAUUUUGAGAUUGGUGACGCCUAUAAUAUCGAGCAGAACAAACUGGGCAUUCGACGAAUGUUGCGACUUAUCUGGACCAAAGGAAAUAGCGAUGAGGGAAAGGGUGUCCAGAAUCACCUCAUUGAGUGUUACAAGCGACUAUUUUUUGAAGCCCCAGAUUCUUACAACAGCAAUGAUGCCGCCAACUACAUUGCUAGGAAUAUGAUCAGUUUGACCUUUGGUGCUACUCCUGCGGAGUUGACCUCCUUAGAGCAACUCCUCAGCACCAUGAUGAAGGCCAACCAUAUUUCCGAGCUUGUUGUACAGAAGCUGUGGCAGGUCUACGGUGUUCAAAAGAGGGAGAUCUCAAAGAGUCAACGACGAGGUGCCAUCAUUGUUCUUGGUAUGCUUGCAACAGCGAAACCGGAGAUUGUGGUUGGCGAGAUGGAGACUAUGCUUCGAAUUGGUCUUGGAAGUCUUGGUCGAUCGGAUCUACAACUGGCCAAGUAUACAUGUAUUGCCCUUCGACGCAUCAAUCCUACCGGUCGACAAGCAAAGGAAACAAGCGUACAGCCCUCUAAGCUUACAGACGAUCAUGCGAUUCUAAUCAAGCUAGCUGCAAUCAUUGAGAUUGAGUCUGACAACAAGGAAUGGUAUGGUGUUGCUGAGCAGGCUAUUAGUGCCAUCUACAUUUUGUCAAAGCACCCUGAUACUCUUUGCUCUGAGAUUUUGAAGAGAAAGACCCGACAUGUCUUCCAGCAACGAAUAGCAAAAACUCCUGAGCCCGAGCAAAUUGACGAAGCAUCACACCUUGCAUCGCCACCUCCAGAGCAACUAGAAGUGCCCGAGCCCAAGGAAGCUGCUGAGCCUGAGAAGAAACUCAAGGGAGCUGUUGCAUUAUCUCAGCUUCUUUUCAUCGUUGGUCACGUUGCCAUCAAACAGAUCGUCCACCUAGAACUCUGCGAACUUGACUUCAAGCGGAGGAAAGCCGAAGCCGAAAAGAACAAGCCUACUUCAGAAACACCUACAGACAAGGCUGCCAAAGAGGCAGCGGAUGAUCUAGACAUGAUUGGUGGUACGACUGAAGAUGACUUCACCGAAGCAAUGGCCCAUAUUCGUGAACGGGAGCUUCUGUACGGCGAAAGCUCUCUCCUUGCUAACUUCGGUCCUUUGGUAUCUGAGAUCUGCUCAAAUAACACGACUUACAAAGACCGAGACCUGCAAGCAGCAGCCACCCUCUGUAUGGCCAAACUCAUGUGUGUCAGCUCGGAGUACUGCGAGACCAAUCUCCCUCUACUCAUCACAAUCCUGGAGCAAUCCAAGGACCCAAUCACCAGAUCAAACGUCGUACUCGCUCUUGGUGAUAUGGCGGUCUGCUUCAACCACCUCAUCGACGAGAAUACCGACUUCUUAUACCGACGUCUCAACGACAAGGAUGCGAGUGUCAAACGCACUUGCUUGAUGACGCUCACGUUCCUCAUUCUUGCCGGUCAAGUCAAGGUCAAGGGCCAAUUAGGAGAAAUGGCUAAGUGUCUGGAAGACGAUGAUAAGCGCAUCGCGGAUCUGAGCAGAAUGUUCUUCACUGAGCUGAGUACGAAGGAUAAUGCGGUGUAUAAUCACUUCGUCGAUAUGUUCAGUUUGCUGUCUGCGGAGAAGGAUUUGGAGGAAGAUUCGUUGCGGAGAAUUAUCAAGUUCUUGGCAGGGUUUAUCGAAAAGGAUAAACACGCCAAACAGCUCGCUGACAAACUCGCCGCCCGUCUUGCCAGAUGCGAGACGGAGAGACAGUGGAACGACGUUGCAUAUGCUCUCAGUCUAUUGCAGCAUAAGAACGAGGAUAUCACGAAGUUGGUGGCGGGAGGAUUUAAGAUCGUUCAAGCUACCGCCUGA